CCUUGUGAAUUCAUUUGCGGUAAAUAUGGGGUUUGUUUAACACCAGAACGUUGUAUUAAAACGUUAAUACAUCCUCACGCGUUGAAAUUCUCACGUUAACAUCGCAGUAAGUUUCCCCACGUGGUCACCGCCCCCGGGUGCAUCAUCAUUGCUCGAACUUGGAACUCUCCGAGGUUUAUUGACUGACUCCUGGCUCGUGCUUCAUUUGCCUGUUAGUGGGACAGCUUUAACCUGAGCGCGCGGGCGUAGCUGUACUCAAACGCAUUCGGAUUUCUUGGAGUUGGUUCGGAGAAGUGCACUGCGCGCGCUGUGUCUCGCUGCACAGCUACUGCGUACAUUGCAAGUUGGACAGGAUAGUUUGAACUUCACAUUGUGCAACAGCCGGGGUCUUUGCUGGAACUGCGUGGCCGUGUCAGAAUUUGGAAGCUUGCAAACGAACACUUUAACUUUGAAAUAGAAACGUAUCCUGCGAAUACACCUCUAUUCUAAGCAAAGCGAACCCGCGCCCGCGGCUGUUCCAAACGUGUAUUUGCAUGAUGGAUCCUACGAGGAGCCGUAAAGGAGAGAACCAGGCACUGCUUGACCGAAGUGCCCCCAGGUCGAUGAUUUUCCGUUGCCUAGUGGCACUUCCGACAAUCGUUUGUUUCAUGUUGUCGGUGAGUUCCAUAGCGGUUUGCUUUUUGGUGAGUUUUAAAACAUCCCAACUGGAACUCAGAGUGCACGCGCUGGAGAUGGAGAAAAAGUCAGUUUUUCAUCCCCCAGAAGCCUCUUUUCUGGGUGAAGAUGGGACUGUUUUACCUGUGUUUCGGAACACAAUGGAAAAACUCCUGCAGGAGCGGCUCAACGAGGUGAUGCCCAAACUGCGGACGGCGAGGGACGUGGGCCCAGACUGUACCUGUCCACCAGGACCUCCAGGCAAACGCGGUAGGAUGGGACGGCGAGGCGAUCCUGGAUCUCCAGGCGCUCCAGGACGGGACGGGUACCCGGGCCCUCUUGGCUUGGAUGGCAAACCCGGUCCCCUCGGUCCGAAAGGUAGCGAGGGCCCCGAAGGACCCAAAGGAGAUAAGGGUGACCAAGGAGAUGUCGGACCCCGGAUGGUCUUCCCUCGUUUCGACCAUGGCUUUCUCUCUGGAGACCUGCACAACUUUCAGAGGCCCCUACUGAAGGGUGAUAAAGGGCAGUCUGGCCCCCCCGGACCACCGGGGCUCCCAGGAACCCCCGGAACCCCAGGCCCCAGAGGACCCCCUGGGAACACUGGGAAGGACGGACCACGAGGACCUGCUGGAGAACCGGGUGCUCCUGGAAGAGAUGGGACUGAGGGACCAAGCGGUCCACCUGGAAAACAUGGUGGAGACGGCGCGCCGGGAGUUCCUGGGCCCCAGGGACCCCCGGGGUCGAAGGGGGAGCCAGGAGCUCGGGGGGACAGAGGGGUGGAUGGACUGAAGGGAGAUAAGGGCGAUGCAGGAGAAAUGGGCCUCCAGGGAGAGAUGGGCGUACCUGGGGAGAAGGGUGCACAGGGCUCUAGUGAAGUCAUCGACUUUGGCGGGAAGCUUCAAGAGGCCUUUCGGGCCAUCCACACCAUCAGUGUCUCGGGUCCACCUGGGCCCCCGGGUCUCCCAGGCCCACCUGGUGAGCAAGGUCCCAAGGGAGAGUUAGGCUUACCUGGCCCAUCUGGAGUGGAUGGAGAAAAGGGUCCCAAGGGGGUGAAGGGUGAAGUCGGGGAUCCCGGGACAGUAGGAGAGAAGGGCGAGAUGGGCCUCUCCGGGGCUCCGGGUGUCGAUGGGCAGAAAGGGGAGAAGGGAGACUCCACGUUUGAGGAUAAUCUGGUCCAGAUGAUCUCUCUGCCGGGACCUCCUGGCCCCCCAGGGCCUCCAGGCAUCAUGGGCGAGCCAGGAGUGGGCAUGAAGGGAGAGAGAGGGGCCAGCGGUCCUCCAGGGCUGCCGGGUCCUCCUGGCGCCACGGGAUUGGUUGGCCUACCGGGCACCAAAGGAGAAAAGGGGAAAUCUGGGGAGCCCGGAUAUGACGGUCUUCCAGGGCUGACGGGAGAUAAGGGGGACAGAGGAGAGAAAGGGGAUAAGGGUGACCGGGGCACUGUAGGCAAGAAGGGCUUAAAGGGGCAGAAGGGAGAACAGGGCCCCCCCGGCCUGGACCAGCCCUGCCCUGUGGAUAAUGAUGGGUGUAAAACACAGGCUGGGGAGGGGGGGCCACCUCCCCCACAGACCCCCUGCCCCCUGGGUCAGGACGGCCUACCCAUACCGGGAUGCUGGCACAAGUGAUUACUAACAUGAAGCAUGGGCAUCUGUACAUAUUGAUAUGGUAUAUUUUGCAACUGAAUUUUUUUUUUCUUUUAAAACAUUUUUAAGGACACUUUUAUAUAAUAUAUUGAGCUUUUUUUAAUAAUGGACAUUAUAAUUGUUUGUCUAUUACCACAACUGUGUUUUUUAAAGGCAUUUUGUAGUAUUAAUAAAUGAUGAAUUGGAAGGAUGGAACAUUUUUUUCUUUUUUCUGUUUCUUCUUUUUUGGCUGCGUAAAAGUGGAGGGGAAAUUAUGUCAAUGAAGCGCCCUAUGGACUUAACCCUGACAUCAGGGAGACGAGUUGCUGCUAUGGUGACGAUCAGUAGUGCAGUUCAGUUCUAACGUUACUAACGGACUGGCUGGUUUGUAUACCGACGGGACUGCUGCAUGGGAGCGCGCGGCCGUUCCAUGGACGAUGCGGGCGGACUUUGAAUCUGUGUUGCCAUUCCUCUUUCCACUCUUUUUUUUAUUUCGAAAGGGCGAGCCGGUGUGGCAGAUACGAAAGCGAAAGCGCCUCUCCCAGCCAUGAAGGGAGAGAGAGACACGCGGAGUUCUCAGAGGCUGCGCGCGCUGUAUAAAUUAUGGAACAAGUCCGUGACUCACCGUCGAGGACUGCACAGUCUGCGGUGCGGAGUUUUACCAGCAGGGGGAGCUGCAGGGAUCACGCAUCAAGACUGCCUUGGAAACAGAAGUGCACCCCCGUCGCCUGGUGUUCUUCAAGGAGCUACCUUCCCGAUAGAAGGGCAAUUGUAACUCCGAAAAAUACUAUAUUCCCCCUCCUUAUAUGCUGAAAAAAUAUUUUCCUUACAUUGUUAAUGGUCGUUUUGAUUGACUUACAUUGAUAUGUUGUUGAAUUUUUUGUUGGUUUUUUCCCUAACCUAUCUGGUUAUAGAGAAAAAGUUCCCUUCCAAAUGAAACAAUCCAUGUUGUUUUAGUUGUUUGCCAUGUUGCUAAAUGAAACUGCUGGGUAAUUGAUUGUUGGUGAAGUGUUAAGAAAGUGACUUUAGCAUGGACUUCCGAAAGAGAGAAAAAAUCCUUUCAUUUAAACAUCACACAGGCCAUCUGUUUGAAGAACUGAUGCAUUUGUGUUUCUUAUAUCUUAUACUACUGAAAUGUAGUGAUGACUUUGAUGUGCUUCAGUUACUCAUUUACAUUUGCAUUCCUGUGCAUGGAUGUCUUUGUAUGAAAUACACACAGGUAUACAGUAAAUAAUAUGUAUUUGUUUUAAAUUGAGCAGAAAGGAAAUUGUCAAGUAAUCAUGUAGAUGGCUUGUGUUGCUUUCUACAGGCAUCCACAUGACUGAACGUGUAAGUUAGUUUUGUGAUGGACUGAAAUGUGUUAUCUAGCACGAUAAAGAAGCGACUUACAGUAUUGUUAAAGUUUUUGGACUUUUGUAGCUUUUUUAAGUUAUAUAUUUCUGUGUGUCAGUUUCUCAUUCUGAGGUAUCAGUAUGUUUUUUUUCUGCUUUUGAAAACUUAUUUUUCCAAGGUCUAUAUUUUAGCUUUUGCUGCUGAAGGAUGAAUAUUCUUAUCAAGAUAAGAUGUUUAUGUCAAUGGGAUAUGUGUCACUGUUUUGGAGAAGAUUUGACCUGAGAGAUAUGGUCUACUAAACAAUGUUAGACCACUGAUAUCGACGUCAGAUUGAUUUAACGGUGAUGAUUGCUAUUGAUUGUUUUUAUUUUUUUAUUGAGAUACAGGCCUGUGCUACGUGUGUUCCGUGUUUCUUUUUUUAACAUGUGAGGUGCUGCUCCAAAGGUCAAAGGUCAGAGGUGAGAGUGCAACUGGCUGCACUGUAACUUUGAUUUUUCCGCACGUCUGAAUUCCGGACGGCCUGGGUCCUCGCUGCCUCUUCUGUUGAUCUGACGUUUCUGUUCCAGGGUGAACCAGCCGAAACAGAUCCCCUGUACCUCGCAUGCGCACCCCUGCCACCGCACUCAAGCCCAACUCCCCCUUGCCCCUUACCCACCUCCCAGUUAACGCACAUGCAUACACACGCAUAAACACACACCAACACACUCUGUCACUCGCGCCCACUUCUUUACUCACACACAUACAUGUGCACACACACACCU